AUGGAUGCAUUACACUAUUGGUAUACUCUUUUGCCUUUAUUCAGUCGGAUCAAGCAAGAUAAGGUCCUCUUUAACAAAGUAGAGAAUCUCUUGUGCGCGACAGGUGCUCGUUUGGAUCCUUUGGAUGCGUCUGUGUGGUGUUAUCGCUGCAAAACAAUCAAUGUGCCGGUGCUGACGUGUCGGGUUAGAUUAUCGGGUCGAGAGCUCUGGGUGGAGUGCAAACAGUGUUUAAGCAGCCAUUGUGUUGACAUAACAGAUAAAAGGAAAAGAAAACAGAUAUGGGUAAACAAAAACACAACUUUAGAUGAGUUUUUAGAUGGAAUAUAA